CUUCCUUUUUUUUUUUUGGUAAACCACUUUUCUUUCUUUGAAAAUCCAAAAUCAAUCUCUCUCUCUCUCUCUCUCUCUCUUCUUUCUUUGAAAAUCCAAAAUCUCUCUCUCUCUCUCUCUCUCUCACUCUCUCCCUCCUCAGAGCAUACCACUUGAUGAAAAGAAAACCCAGAGACACACAUGACACAUCCAUAACCACCUCUACGGAAAGUGACUAACCCAGCUCCAACCCCUCUCUCCAGAUACAUAUAUACGCGCACAUCUCUCUCUAAACUACUCAAACCCCUCGAAAACCCACCUCCCAUCUUCUCUCUCUCUCUCUCUCUCUCUCUCUCUCUCUCUCUCUCUCAUAUAUAUUUCUCUCUCUGAAUCUAAUACAUAAUCGAAACCCAUAAACAAAAGAUGCCUGAACCAAAAUCAUCUCUCCUCUUCCACAGAUACAACACAAACACUUGCCCCAAACAACAAUCCCAGCAACAACAACAACCACAUCCACGGCGCAGCCCUCUGACGUGCGCCACCCCGGUCCCGGACACCGUGUCGCGCUACCACGCCCACGCGGUGGGGCCCAACCAGUGCUGCUCCGCCGUGACGCAACAGAUCUCGGCCCCGAUCUCCGCCGUCUGGCCCGUCGUCCGCCGCUUCGACAACCCCCAGGCGUACAAGCACUUCGUCAAGAGCUGCCACGUCGUCAACGGCGACGGCAGCGUCGGCACCGUCAGGGAGAUCCACGUCAUCUCCGGCCUGCCGGCCGCCAACAGCACCGAGCGCCUCGAGAUCCUCGACGACGAGCGGCACGUCAUCAGCUUCAGCGUCGUGGGCGGGGACCACCGGCUGGCGAAUUACCGGUCUGUGACGACGCUGCACCCGUCGCCGGACGGGCUGGGGACGGUCGUCGUGGAGUCGUACGUCGUCGACACGCCCGCGGGUAACACCAAUGAGGAGACUUGCGUGUUCGUUGACACUAUCGUAAGGUGUAACCUCCAAUCGCUCGCUCAGAUCGCUGAGAAUUCCGUUAGACGAAACUGAAUUUGUUUGUAAAGUAACAAUGACGAGUAAAAUGGCCGUUGAAUUAAAAAAAAGUUGGUACAUGUCACCGAAUUUUUAGCAUCGUCGUUGCACGAUGUUUUUAGCGAUUCCUUUGUUUAUGUGAGAUGAUGAUAAGUUGAGAUUUGGAUCGUAUUUCAGUCACGUAUGCAGUGACAGAUCGGUGAUACGGUAAUAUGUCGGUGAUAUAUAGCACUUCUCGUGAUUGAUUAAUCAAAAUGUUGGUUUGAGAUGUA